AUGAAGGUGAUAGACAAGAUCCAGUCCCUAGCCGACGAAGGCAAAACAGCCUUCUCCUUCGAGUUCUUCCCUCCCAAGACCGAAGACGGAGUCGACAACCUCUUCGAGCGUAUGGACCGUAUGGUCGCCUACGGCCCCACUUUCUGCGACAUCACUUGGGGAGCUGGUGGAUCCACCGCUGAUCUCACGCUCGACAUCGCUUCCAGGAUGCAGAACGUUGUCUGCGUGGAGAGCAUGAUGCAUCUCACUUGCACUAACAUGCCUGUGGAGAAGAUAGACCACGCGCUUGAGACGAUUAGAGCUAAUGGGAUUCAGAACGUGCUUGCGCUUAGAGGUGAUCCUCCUCAUGGUCAUGAUAAGUUCGUUAAGGUUGAAGGAGGGUUUGGUUGUGCGUUGGAUCUUGUGAAUCAUGUUAGGGGGAAGUAUGGUGAUUACUUUGGGAUCACUGUUGCUGGUUAUCCUGAGGCUCAUCCUGAUGUUAUUGGUGAGAAUGGGCUUGCGUCUGAUGAAGCUUAUCAGAGUGAUCUUGAGUACUUGAAGAGAAAGGUUGAUGCUGGAGCUGAUCUGAUUGUUACUCAGCUCUUUUAUGAUACUGAUGUUUUUCUCAAGUUUGUGAAUGAUUGUCGGCAAAUUGGUAUUAAGUGUCCCAUUGUUCCUGGGAUCAUGCCUAUUAAUAACUACAAGGGGUUCUUGCGUAUGACUGGUUUUUGUAAGACCAAGAUACCAGCUGAGGUUAUGGCUGCCUUGGAGCCUAUCCAGGAUAAUGAAGAAGCUGUGAAAGCCUAUGGUAUCCACCUUGGAACAGAGAUGUGCAGAAAGAUCUUGGCUCAUGGAACCAAGUCUCUUCAUCUCUACACAUUGAACAUGGAGAAGUCAGCUCUUGCUAUAUUGAUGAAUCUUGGUAUGAUUGAUGAGUCAAAAAUCUCUCGUUCUUUACCAUGGAGACGCCCAGCAAAUGUUUUCCGUACUAAGGAAGAUGUGCGCCCCAUUUUCUGGGCAAACCGUCCGAAGAGCUACAUUUCUAGAACCAAGGGCUGGGAAGACUUCCCACAAGGCAGGUGGGGUGAUUCACGCAGUGCCUCAUAUGGUGCACUCACUGAUCAUCAGUUCUCGCGUCCACGAGCACGUGACAAGAAGCUUCAACAAGAAUGGGUUGUCCCAUUGAAAAGCGUUGAAGAUAUUCAGGAGAGAUUCAGGGAGCUGUGCCUUGGAAACUUAAAAAGCAGUCCAUGGUCUGAACUGGACGGACUCCAACCAGAGACAAAGAUCAUAAACGAGCAGCUGGUGAAACUCAACUCCAAAGGCUGCUUGACCAUCAAUAGCCAACCAUCAGUCAACGCAGAGAGAUCUGAUUCCUCAACUGUUGGAUGGGGCGGUCCUGGUGGAUACGUAUACCAAAAGGCUUACCUAGAGUUCUUCUGCUCAAAGGAGAAGUUAGAUGCAAUCGUUGAGAAAUGCAAAGCUUUGCCAUCUAUAACUUACAUAGCCGUCAACAAAGGAGACAACUGGGUAUCAAACACUGCACAAUCCGAUGUGAACGCUGUUACUUGGGGUGUUUUCCCGGCUAAGGAGAUCAUUCAACCAACCAUUGUGGAUCCGGCUAGCUUCAAAGUGUGGAAAGAUGAAGCGUUUGAGACUUGGUCAAGAAGCUGGGCUAACUUGUACCCUGAAGCUGCUGACCCUUCAAGAAACUUGCUCGAGGAGGUCAAGAACAGCUACUAUUUGGUGAGUUUGGUUGAGAAUGACUACAUCAACGGUGACAUAUUCAGUGUCUUUGCUGAUCUUUGAGAAACAACAUCUGUUUCCUACGGCUUUCAUGAUUUGGCUUUUGUAAUGCCUCUUUAAAAUAUUGGGAUUAUUAUGGUUUUAUAUACAUCAUGUUAUUUAUCAUCAUUAUCAUAUUGAUUUGGCAAUAAAGUUUUAUUCAUAAAGAAAGGAUCCGUUUCAUUA